UUUCGUUUCUGCCAUGCAGCGUGUCUUCGAGAGCAACGAGCUCUUGCACGAGGUCUUGGCCUACCUUGGCGUGCGCGACCUCGGGGCGGCGAGUCAAGUCUGCUUGCGCUGGCACCUCCUCGGCAGCCACGAUGUGCUCUGGGUGGCCUUGGCGUCCCGCGCGUUGCAUGGGCCCGAGACGACUGCGCUGCACGAGCUUCUCGGGCACAAGGCCUACCUCCGCCAGCUCGCCCGCGCCUGUCGCCAGCCGUCCCACGACGGCGCUGUCCAUUUUAUCGAGAGUGCUGCGUGGCCGCGGCUCUGUGCUAGGGACAAGUGGCUGGCACGGACAUUUAUUGCGAGCUCGCUGGACGCGCUGACGAGCACAGCCAAGGCGUCCGAAGACCCAGCGUAUCCGCCGGAAUCGGUUCUCUCGGGCCUGCUCUGCGCCUACGCCGAUCUGCUCGAAGAGAACUUUGCCGACUUGGCGGCCGCCGCGUCGUUGCUUCGGCGGGCGAUCCCAUUCAGCCCCGACCCCGCGCGCCUUUUGCACAACCUUGCGCUGCUAGAAGAUAAGCAGGGCAAUCUGGAUGCGGCGGAAGCAGCGUUCCGAGAGGCGCACGCCGCCGACCCACGCUACCAGCGCGUCCUCUGCAACUACGCCGUCUUCCUUGACGAGCGUCGACAGCGCUUCGAGGCGGCGCGCGCCAUGUACGAAGCCGCACUGGCGAACGACCCAACCGACCUCGACACAUAUGCCGCCUUUGCCGACUUUUUGACGUUCAAGCAGCCCGACCUCGAUCGCGCCGAGGGGCUCUUCCGCAACGCAUUGCGUCAUCUGGCGACGCUAUCAACACCGUUGGAGGACGGCCAAGACCUCAAGAUCAUCAUUCAGUUUGCAGAGUUCCUCGCGUACGUCCAGCAGGACAUGGCUGCUGCGACGCCGAUCUACCGUAUGCUGCUGCCACGUCCUCAGCGCGAGCCAAUGCACGCAAGGGCCCACUUGUUGCUCUGCGUCGGUCUCUUGAGCUAUGCGAUUGCCAGCGUAUUCGCUUGUAACGACUAUGCUUUGGGGCGGCAAUUGGUCGUGGAGGCCAUGACAUUGUCUGUCUACCAGAGCAGCGACGACCUGCUCCUGCUCCGCUACAAGCGCACGGCGGCGUGCGUCGUUCACCAUGAGUUUUCAUUGACGACGACAUUGGACGUCGAUGCGCUCGGGCCACUUGCCGGCCUCCUUCUCUACUUGACCGGUGACAUGGCGCGCGCGCUGCAGCUCUGGGCAACGUGCAUCGAAAGCCUUGACAGCGUCCAUCAGCGCGAGUACGCCUUCGCCGGGUACUGUUUGGGCGUGGUGUUCCACUUGCGAGGCGGGCCAGCCAAGCGUCCGUUGGCGACGCAGGUGCUGGCCAAAGCACUGACCAGUGACGUCCAUGGCGUCGAGCUUCGCAACGUUUGCUUUCUGCUGCGCGAGUACGUGCGCAGCAGGCCCAGUACCGCUGCUGCGGGGGCAUUGGCCUUCCUUGAUGUCCUUACCCAAUACGAACUGGCGCAUCAGAGCCAGACAAAUGAGUAGAAGACACUGGUGAAGACGAGCAAAACGAGCACCAUGCCGGUGGCCAAUGUGACGUUAUAGAUGAAAAGAUUGUAACCCUGCACCUCAAGCUAGCUUCGGCGCAUCAGAGAGCACUGAGCAAACUCAGUUGUUGUCGCCCGUCGUGCUUUAGAGUGCUCUACUGCAU